UGUGCACAGUCAUAUCUUAAGAAGAGAAGCAAGCAAUGGUUCUAGGUGUGUUUCUGGGGCUUCUUCUCACAUGUAUGCUUCUCCUUUCAUUAUGGAGGCAGAAUUCUCAGAGAAGAAACCUUCCUCCUGGCCCCACUCCUCUCCCCAUCAUUGGAAAUAUUCUUCAGCUAGAUCUUAAGGACAUCAGUAAAUCUCUGAGGAAUUUUUCAAAAGUAUAUGGCACUGUGUUCACUCUGUACUUGGGCAGGAAGCCCACUGUGGUGUUGCAUGGAUAUGAAACUGUGAAAGAAGCCUUGAUUGAUCAUGGAGAAGAAUUUGCUGGAAGAGGAGUCUUUCCAGUGACUGAUAAGUUUAAGAAAAACUAUGGAGUUGUUUUCAGCAAUGGAAAGACCUGGAAAGAGAUGAGACGCUUCUCACUCAUGACACUGAGAAACUUUGGGAUGGGGAAGAGGAGCAUUGAGGACCGAGUUCAAGAGGAGGCUCAAUAUCUUGUAGAUGAGUUGAGGAAAACCAAUGGUGUGCCCUGUGAUCCCACCUUCAUCCUGGGCUGUGCUCCUUGCAAUGUCAUCUGCUCCAUUGUUUUCCAGAAUCGUUUUGACUAUAAAGAUCAAGAAUUUCUUACCUUUCUAGACAUCUUAAAUGAAAAUAUAGAGAUUCUGAGUUCUCCUUGGAUUCAGAUUUGCAAUAAUUUUCCUGCUAUCAUUGAUUAUCUACCAGGAAAACACAGAAAAUUACUUAAAAAUUUUGCCUUUGCAAAACACUACUUUUUGGCAAAAGUAAUACAGCAUCAAGAGUCACUGGAUAUUAACAAUCCUCGGGACUUUAUUGAUUGUUUCCUGAUCAAAAUGGAGCAGGAAAAGCACAACCCAAAGACAGAGUUUACUUGUGAGAACUUGAUCUUCACAGCAUCUGAUCUAUUUGCUGCUGGGACAGAGACAACAAGCACAACCCUGAGGUACUCUCUGCUGCUCCUGCUCAAGUAUCCAGAAGUCACAGCCAAGGUCCAGGAAGAGAUUGACCAUGUGAUUGGUAGACAUAGGAGCCCCUGCAUGCAAGACAGAAAUUACAUGCCUUACACUGAUGCUGUGUUGCAUGAGAUCCAGAGAUACAUUGACCUUAUUCCCAGCAGCCUUCCCCAUGCAGUGACCUGUGACAUGAAAUUCAGAGGUUAUCUCAUUCCCAAGGGUACCAGUGUCAUAGCAUCACUGACUUCUGUGCUAUACGAUGAUAAGGAAUUCCCCAACCCAGAGAGGUUUGAUCCUAAUCACUUUCUGGAUGAGAGUGGCAAGUUUAAGAAAAGUGACUAUUUCUUCCCUUUCUCAACAGGAAAACGAAUUUGUGUGGGAGAGGGUCUGGCUCGAACAGAAUUAUUUUUAUUCCUGACCACCAUUUUACAGAACUUUAAGUUGAAGUCUCCAGUUGAUUUAAAAGACCUUCAUACUACCCCAGUUGCCAAUGGAUUUAUUUCUGUGCCACCCAAAUUCCAGAUGUGCUUCAUUCCCAUCUAAAUGGAUUUCCCUUCUAAAGCCCUUUCCUUGAGGAUAUAGUUGAUGUCUUCUGUCAGGCCUGUCUCUCUGGCCCUACCACCUGAGUUCUGGGAUUCCUUAUAUAUAUCUGCACAAACUAAUCCAU